AUGGCCCAUACAUACAGCCUGUUAACGGCCGCCUCCCCUCACCACGACCGGCGGUCCCUCUCUUUCGCUACCGCCUCGCGUGCACGAGAUAUAUGUCGCCGCAUAUUGCCCCCCUGGGACCCCAAGCUCGGCUCCCCGUACCAAGACUACUUAUCCUGGCGGAAGUUAUGGUAGAGCCCGAGAGUAGUAUAGCCCCUAUCGCCUUCCCGCGAUUCCCCGAUCUACCGGCCGAGUUGAGACUCCUCGUAUGGCACUUCGCCCUGCCGCGUCGCGUCUUCGAAAUCCGAAGGGAGACGGUGCCUAUCAAGGAGAACGGUGAGCCAGACACGACUGCGGAUUUGGAUCACGACCCCUGGCGCAUCCGCAGUUCGGAUCUGGCCGCCGUGUUGCUAGCCCCGCCGGUAUUGUUGUCGGUCUGUCGUGAAGCCCGGAAAGUCGCUUCGAGACAUGGAUCCUGGAAGUGCGUGGGGAGCCGUCCCCGUGGCGUCUGCCGUGUUGCCAGGUUGAAAACGUGGUUCGACCCCUCGACGGACACUCUUUGUUUCGACGACUCCAUCGUGCAGCCGGCGACCGGGCCAGUCGCAGAGCUGAACGGCCUGGUCACAGAGAUCGGCAAUAACCCCGCCGUCACUAGGGCCUACUUCGCCAGUUCUCCCGCCAGUUCUGUCUGCGUGAGCCUCUCGGCCCUGUCGGGCUCUACCGGGAGGUUCCUCAUAGAUCAGUGGAAGCGUACGCGAGGCUUCUGGUUCGGUGUGCCGCGAUACUUAUUCUACCACGACAGCAUAGUGAUGCACCUGGGAAGAUCUUCCAAGGUCCAGCAACUUUUUGGAAGGGGUGUCGAUAGAUGCCAUACUCUUCUCAUCGAUAUUCAUGAUCGCCAAAAGCUCAAACAGUUGACGGAGUUAUAUGUUGAGGAGUCGGAUCCGGCGUAUUUUCAGAGGAGGGUCGCGAACUGGCUCGAGGACAUCACCGAGCCAAACGAGGAGUAUGUGGAGGAGUCGUACGCCGACCUCAGAAACCUGUGGCUCGUGGGGCAGCCAGACGAGGCACCGAAUCCCGCCCUCGCCCUCUCGGCGGACAAGGCGAAUAUUAAGGUGAAACCUCUAGUCGAACCCGUGGCGGUCCUCGGCGCCGUUCAGCAGUUCAACCAUACCCACCCCUGGUGCCGAAAGAUUAUCGAAGACAUGCCGGACAUGCAGCUUGUCGUUCACUUCCGGCUCUGCAUCAUGAAUCACGAGAAGCGAGAGGGGAAGUGCUGCCGAGCAGCAGACAGACGUUGAGAAAUCACGGCAACUGAAGGAAUGCUCGUUGACUUUCAACUGCUAUCGUCUUCGA